UGGUCUGUCCCUGAUUUCGACAGCUAGCAGCAGUCUUCCCGUGAUGGCAGCAGAUUCCAAGGUAGCCGGCGGUUUCUUCGGCUGGACGCGUCCAGUGCCUCGCGAGCAGUGGGACUCCCAGGACCCCGCUUUGCUGCAGGCAGCUGAGGCCUACCGAGAGGUCGAGGAGGCUAUCAAUUACACAUUCCGCGACAAGGCUUUCACGCACUCGUCGUACCCGCCAGACAACCGCGUUGUUCCGGGAUACAUGCGGCCCAUGGACUUCCUAGGCGACGCUCUUCUGAAAACCCUGCUGACGACGCAGUUGUACGGCUGCCUCCAUCCCCUCGGCUCACGCACCAUCACGCAGGCGCGCUCGAAGGUCGAGUGCAACCGCCUUUUCGGCUUCAUUGUGGUGAAACACGGAUGGCAGCGGCUCUUCCUUGUCGGCUCGCAGGUGCUCAACAAUGAAAUCGUCGAGUAUGUCAAGAGCGUCGCUGACCAGGAGAAGCCAGCCGAGAACGGGGCCUGCCCUCCGAAGCCUCUGGCCGACCUGUUCGAGUCUCUGGCGUGCGCCGUGUAUCUCGACUCGAACCAAGACGUGGCCGCCGUGUGGCGCGCCAUGUAUCCCCUCUUGAGGCCCUACGUGCAGUCCGAGGUGGCGAGGUCUUCCGCCAAUAGCGCCUUGAACCCAUCUUGAAUAAACGA